CCUCUAGCUCCCUCCCACAAGGCCGAUUUCGAGAUUUGUGGUUCUUACUGUAUAUUAAGUCAUUGAGGUUUUCCAUCCUAAAAAAGGCAGAGGAUCAUUUUAACUGCCAGUGAUCAGCCCACCUCUCACUUUAUCUGGAGGAGGUCGGUUGGAGACUCGCAGACCUGCCCCUCUUCCCCUCCCCCACUUUGGCUACCUACCCGUUCCUACCAUGCAACCCAAAGUACCUAUUUCUUACUGUCGUCGUGUAAGCUGCUGUUGAUUGCAUCAUUGCAGGGAGCUCUGUCGAGCAUUGCCGUAUUCACUCUUGCUGUCGUCGUUAACUUUAUAUAUCUCCCCCAAUAAUACCUACCUCCGUCUACAACUUGCUUCUGCGCACCUACCUAAACACUUCUCUGCACUUAAGACAACCCAAGGACAUCCGACCACGAAAUGGCCCUCCCACCCAAGUUCAAAGGCCACCGCCUCGUCUUCACCGACGAUGCCACCACCACCUCCCCAUCCAACCCGCCUCCCCACACGCUCGAGUUCUACCUCGACUACGUCUGCCCCUUCUCCGCCAAAAUGUUCAACACCCUCCUAACCUCCGCCAUCCCACACAUCCGCGCCAACCCGAACCUCGCCAACCGCCUCCAACUGAUCAUCCGCCCGCAAAUCCAGCCCUGGCACCCCUCCUCCACUCUGGUCCACGAGGCCGCACUCGCCGUGCAACAGCUCACGCUGCGCGGCGUGUCCGACCGGUUCUGGGUCUUCAUCACCGACCUGUUCACACACCAGAGGGAGUACUUCGACGAGGCGGUGGCGGAGGAGACGCGCAACGCGACCUACCGGCGGCUGGCGCGGCUGGCGCGGGAGAGCGUGGGCGUGGACGAGGAAGAGGUGUACCGGCUGCUGGAGGUCAAGCAGCAGCAGCAGUCGGAUGGUGAUGGGCCGGGGGGGAAGAAUGCGGGGAAUGGGGUGACGGCGGAUGUGAAGACGGCGGUUAAGAUGGCGAGGCUGACGGGGGUGCAUGUCACGCCGACGGUGCUGUUUAAUGGGGUGGUGGCGGGGGAGAUUGCGAGCGCGUGGACGGGGGAGGAGUGGGCGGCGUGGUUGGAUAAGAAUAUCGUGUGAUAUGAUGGAGAAAGGGUAGGAGGGGGAAGGGGGGGUUGUUUUUGUUUUCGGGUACGAGGUAGGCAGAAGACGUUCUCAUUUCCUGGUCGAGACUAGCUGUCUACCUCCCUACGUAGCUCAAUGCGUGUGCUCUUCUCCCCUUCGUUAUCCCCACUCUAUGUG